AUCUUCCAAAAACCAUAUCUUCUAUGGCUACAAUCUCUCCCUCGAGCGAUGAUGCACUUCGAUCAUUCAUGGCGUUAAACUAAUCCACUAAUCGAAUCUCUCUCCCUCUCUAUCAAGCUCAGGCACACACUCUCCCAUCGAUCAACUAUGCAAAGCCCUUCAACGGUAACCCAGGAACCAGCAGCCUCCUCCUCCUCCUUUGGUUUCUUCACACGUCUCACCUGUUUAGCCUCCAGAAACCGAUCGAAUCCAGACGGGUAUACUCUCUCCACAUCCAAUGCCUUGUUCUUCAAUGGCUCUCGGACGACACGGAGGACGCGAAAAGCCCUAGCUUCUCUGAGCUUGAACGCUAAGAGCAGUGCCGGCUCUAGCUUGAGUAGAUUCAUCAACGAAUUCAACAGCUUUAUGAGGUUUCACAGCGAGAAAGUGGUUCCUGAUAGCUUCGCCUCAAUUGGGGUAUCGAGCCACGAGAGCGGAGCUAGGGGGAAUGAUGGUGGUGGGGUUUUGGGUGAGGAGGGCUUGCAAUUGAGUGGAGUGGAAGCUGAUCGGCCCAAGAAAGUUUUGAUUUUGAUGAGUGAUACUGGUGGUGGUCACAGAGCCUCUGCUGAAGCCAUUAGAGCUGCUUUCAAUCAGGAGUACGGGGAUGAGUACCAGGUGUUUAUAACGGACUUGUGGACAGAUCACACACCCUGGCCAUUCAACCAGCUUCCCAGGAGUUAUAAUUUUCUAGUGAAACAUGGAGCUCUAUGGAAAAUGACUUACUACGGUACAGCUCCACGUGUUAUUCACCAGUCUAACUUCGCAGCAACUUCGACUUUUAUUGCCAGGGAAAUUGCUCAAGGAUUGAUGAAGUAUCAACCAGACAUUAUAAUCAGUGUUCAUCCGUUGAUGCAACAUGUCCCACUUCGUGUCCUAAGAUCAAAGGGGUUACUUGAUAAAAUAGUCUUCACCACGGUUAUUACAGACUUGAGCACUUGCCAUCCCACAUGGUUAGUUUACUUACCAUCUCGGUUAUGUUUUAGAGAUUGUAUGGGCUCUUUCGUAAAAGUAAAGCUUGCUUUGAUGUUUAGGUUUCAUAAGCUUGUGACAAGAUGUUACUGCCCAUCAACAGAAGUGGCGAAAAGGGCGCAAAAAGCUGGACUUCAGACAUCACAAAUCAAAGUCUACGGCCUUCCUGUUCGACCUUCCUUUGUCAAACCAGUUCGCCCAAAGGUUGAGUUAAGAAGAGAGCUAGGGAUGGAUGAGAAUCUUCCAGCUGUUUUGUUAAUGGGCGGAGGAGAAGGAAUGGGUCCCAUAGAGGCAACAGCAAGAGCUCUUGGAGAUGCUCUGUAUGACGAGAAUCUUGGUGAAGCAGUUGGCCAGGUUCUUAUAAUAUGUGGACGGAACAAGAAACUCCAAACCAGAUUAAGUUCCAUUGAUUGGAAAAUACCAGUCCAGGUUAAAGGGUUUGUAACAAAAAUGGAGGAAUGUAUGGGUGCCUGUAACUGUAUCAUAACAAAGGCAGGUCCAGGAACCAUAGCUGAAGCUAUGAUAAGAGGGUUACCGAUAAUCUUAAACGGUUACAUCGCUGGUCAAGAGGCUGGGAAUGUACCGUACGUGGUGGAGAACGGAUGUGGGAAAUUCUCAAAAUCACCAAAAGAGAUAUCGAAGAUUGUAGCGGACUGGUUUGGACCGGGGUCGAAACAGUUGGAGAUAAUGUCGCAGAAUGCAUUGAGGCUGGCUAGACCAGAAGCUGUGUUUAAGAUAGUGCAAGACAUGCACGAGCUUGUCCGGCAGAGAAACUAUCUUCCUCAGCUCUCUUGCACUGCCUAAGGGAGUAUAUGUUGUUGUAGUAACUUGUAAUUCAUUGAAUCAAAAGCCUACUUUUAUUUUGGUUUAGACAAAGAGUGUAGCAUUAUCACAGUAACUUUUUGUUGUUGUUGCCUUUAAUGCGAAUUCUCAAGGCUGAUUAAUCUCUUUUGAAUAAUACUGAUAAAUAUAA